UAUAUAUAAGGCUAACGAAUUGUAUUUUGUGCCGUACUUAGAAAAUUGUUUUUAAAAGAAAUUGUCAUGUCGAUAUUCUCGUAGUUUAUCGUAGAAUAUGACAUUAUCGUCGAUAUGACUCAAACUUUCAGCGUUCUAUACAUGAGACAAAUACUUAAGAUCCUCGAUCCAUUAAGAGUUCCAAUGGAAAGCUUUUUAAAUAUGUCUAUAGAUCCGCUCUUUGCUUUUCUCUUCGCUCCGUCAGUUUACACACAGCGAAAUAAAAGGGUUUUUUCAGCGCAUCGUCAAAGUUGCACAGCGCUGCCAAAAAGUCUCAUAUAUCAUAUUUUUAAAUAAAUCUUGUUCCUAAUGCUUUGAAUGUUGUGUUUUGUUGAUCAACUCGAAUUCCCACGCAUUGCUUGUGUCAUCAUUACGCUCGAGAUGGCACCCUUUACUUACGGCGAUAAUGAGUAGCUAGUGGACUAAAAUAAUGCAUUCAUGCAAAAACUGAUAGAGACAGAGUACAGUUCGAGACUGUGCACGAACCAGGAACCAGGCGGCCAUUCCAUUUGGAGGCCUUUCGGUUAGGGAGGCAGCUUGUGAGUUUAAAAUAAGCACAGCUCCAUUGCAAUCUUACAUAAAGGUGUGCAAAAAGCUACAGCUGCCGAUACAACGAACGAGCUUACCUCAACCCACGUCCAUCUACGUGUGUGACGCCUAUCUAAAGGCAACGUUAGCACCAGGAUCAUGCCAGAUUACUACAAUCUAAUAUAAUACAAUAAUACAAUGCAUAAAAAGGUGAAUUUCGUAUGAGUUUGCUAGGCAGCUGAACAUAAAUAAACCCGACAGUUACCAUCACAGACUAGGAUUGGAUAAUGGCUUCCUUGACACGGCGCGAUUAGUGUUCCUUGACGCAACCUGAUGAAACGUGUUUUGCACGCGUAGUGUGGUUCAAUAGACGAUGCAUCACCCCACACAGCAGCAGUACAAAACCGGGGGAUACCCACAACAACCGGACUACGGUCAACCCGCGUGUCCACCUCAAGGAGGCUAUCCACCUCCGCCAGGAUUCAUCCCACAACCAGGAUACCCUCCAGCACAGCCGGGUUUCGCGCCCCAGCCUCCCGGAUACGAACAAGCUCCACCAUACGGUGCGGAUAACGGUCUGGUUUGUUCUGGGUUCUCUUUAAAAGAGGUACGCUUGGCUUUUAUUCGUAAGAUCUACUGGAUUCUCUUUAUACAGUUGGCCGUGACCACAGGCUUCAUCGCCAUAUUCAUCUAUACUGAAAGCGUUAACACAUGGGUACUGCGAAAUCCUGGAGCUGCCAUUGGAGCCUAUGUCAGCUUUAUCGUUCUGUACUUCGUGCUGAUCUGCUGUGAACCUAUCCGGAGACAUUAUCCGACAAACUUGCUUGUACUCGGCUUGUUCACGUGCGCUCUUAGCUAUAUGGUUGGGGUUAUAUCCUGCACUUACAAGACUCAGUCAGUCCUUCUCGCCUUUGGUAUCUGCGCAGCCUGUUGCUUUGCGGUGACACUCUACUCAUUCAAUACGAAGUACGACUUCACUUCUUAUGCAGGCGUCCUAUUUGUAGCUGCCGUUGCCUUCAUGAUCUUCGGAUUCAUUAUGAUCUUUCUGAACGCACCGAUAAUGCAGACGGUGUACGCCGGUCUGGGCGCCCUUCUGUUCAUGGUGUUUCUCGUAGUCGAUACGCAGAUGAUUCUUGGAACCAAGCAACUGAAGAUUUCACCCGAAGAUUAUGUAUUCGCCACUAUCCAGCUUUACAUGGAUAUAGUCCAGAUCUUCCUCUUCCUCCUCCAACUCUUCGGAGAGAGAAAGUAGGAGACCACAAGUCAGUAGAAGAUCGACUCGAAAACAGCAGCGUCAAUCAACAAUGAACUAAUAACAAACUGCAUGUGAACAUCAUGAUGCACAUCGGGAACUUAUGCGAAGGCAGCCCCUCUGAACUCGCUCUUCGUAGUUGAUCGGUCCAUUUUUGUCACAUGGAUAACAGAUCUACUAGUAAUCAAACACACCAAUCACAUACACAUCAUAACUUAGCAGUUCAAUGUUGUAACCUAUUUAUACUGCGAUUAUAGUUGACUAUUAUUGUUGCUGUUAUUAUAUCUAUUAUAUAUUUUGUUAUUAUCUGAUUAAUAAUAUUCACUCAAACUCCCUUUUAUAUCUUAAUUAUGUUAGCCAAGUGGGUCUCAGUGAUAUUGUCAUCACGUUGGAACUUUGACGAGAUUAAAGUGUCGGCUUGAAAAAAAAAACAGCGAAAUAACAGAAAGUCCGUUUGGAAGGAUUCGUUACCAUUUUCUUGGCGUAUUUGGCCUGUUCUUUUUCUUCAAUGCUCUCUUUUUCCAUGCAUGUGAAAUUUUAUUGCCAGAAAUUUAAAGGGUAAGGAGCUUUCCCCAAAGUAAAACCCUUGCUCUAAUGGUUCUUAUCGAUUUUUUUAGGUUUUCUGUGGAUAAUCAUUUACAACUGAUCAAAUCAGCGAAGCCGACUUGAUAUUAUAACCCUGGACAAAACGAAUUUUAGUAUGAGUCUGUUUUUCGCUUGUUAGUUAAAACUAGGUAAUAAUAAUAAUGAGAUAGUCCCUAGCGUAGAAUAAUAUAGAAUCGGAGUAAUCGGGUAAAGGUUGGCUAAAAUGGGCAGGUGGCGAAGAGCUUCAUGAGGGAUAUGUGUGUAGUUCCACACGUCAAGUUGAACGAUAAUUAGAAUAACACGAGCAAAUGACAAGAGGUACGUGUGAGUAACCCGCUCCGGAUCAAAGCGCCUAUUGGUAAAAAAACAAAUUCAAUGUCGAUAAUUACUCGACAGGCAAACAAAGCACAGGAAAUGGUAUCACAACCGAUAACCGCUACUACUAAUUGAGGUUUACCGAUAUACCUUUAUACCAAGCUUCGAUAAAGCAAACAGCGAUGUGAAUAGAAGCAAAAGAGCUAUCAAUAUUGAUUAUAAAAGAUAAAAUUAUAUAUAUAAUGUAAAAGCUAUUGACGAGAGGCGACCGCAGGAAACCGUGGACAUGGCGGCGUAAUUAUACUGCAGACUCAAAAUUACUAUCAGUCACAAAUAUGGCUACUAACGAU